CAAGACGGAAGCGCAAUGGCGACACUAGAUCGCAAAGUACCCAGUCCGAAUGCGUUCCUGUACAAACCCUGGUCUGCUUACAGCGACGCGGCUAAAUUACACAGCUCUGACACUGCUCACGUGGAGGAUGCCGGGAAGGAGCUGGCGACCUGCAGGGAGGCGAGGAAGCUCAACAGAGAGGAUAUGCACUUGUACGGCCAGUAUCCUGCGUAUGAUGAGUUCUGCCUUGUUGUGUGCAAUAUCUGCAAUCAAGCUGUCAAACCUCAGGGACUCCUGACCCAUUAUGAGAGGAGACACGGCUCCCCCUGUAACUCCCGGACUCCCCCGGUUCCGAUGAGGCCCAAAGUGUCCCACAGCCCCCCCCUGUCCCGGCCUUUCCGAGUGCCCAGAGACAAUCAGCACACCCCCUUCGGCAGGGCGCCGCAUGCUGUGUACCCCCCCAAAGGGGCCCGCAGCAAGCCGUGUGUCUCGGUCCCUGUGGUGAGCCUGGAGAAGAUGCCAAGUUUGAGCAGGACAGAGGGGUCCCACGUCAGGAUCAGCGGCCCCUCCUCUUCCUCCCCCGCCGGCCUGGCCAGGCCUUCCCAUAAGCCUCAGGAGUGGGCCCUGAACGGCAAGGGACACGCCGUCCCCCCCUCCCCCCUCGACCGCCGCCCCAGUGCCUCUCCCUCCCCCUCCCCAUCCCCUGCCUCACUGGACAGGCGACACACCUCCUCCCCAUCCCCCUCCUCCUCAUUGGACAGGCAACCCACGGCCCCGCCCUCUCCACUGGACAGAAAGCACCAAAACGGCACUAAGGGCAGUAAGCAGCAUAAGAGGCUGUCAGGAAGAGUGUUUGAUCCUAAUAAGCACUGUGGGGUCGUGGACCCAGAGAGCAAGAAGCCCUGCACACGAUCGCUGACCUGCAAGACCCACUCUUUGACUCAUCGGCGCGCGGUGCCGGGGAGGGGGAAGCAUUUCGACUCCCUGCUGGCUGAGCACAAGGGGCGGGCCAAGGAGAAGGCGGGGAGACACCUCAGGGAGCAGCAGGGAGGCCACGCCCACCCCAGCCGCCCUGCCCUGUCACAUGACCUGACCAACAGUGCGGCCACGGAGAGCCUCGACAACAGGACCGCCUCUGCCCUGAAAAGCAGGCUGGCCAGUGCAAACAUACCCAGGACUCCCGGUGGUUGGGGCAGCGUGUCUCUGAGCUCCGGCGGGCCUCCCCCUGACCCUGCGGCGCCCUGUCCCGCAGCGGAGGGGGGUGAGCGGCUGUCCAGUGAGGAGGGCGAGGCGGAGGUCCUGGAGGAUUCGGACUGGCCCUACACCCCCCACCACCCGCGGCCGCUGGGAUGCUGCUCCUUUGGCAGUCGGCUGAUGGGGAGGGGUUACUACGUGUUUGACCGGCGGUGGGACCGGCUGCGGCAAGCGCUGCACUGCAUGGUGGAGAAGCACGUGAACGCUCAGAUGUGGAGGAAGAUCCCCCUGGCUGCCGAGUGCCCCACCCCUCCCCCAGGGACUUACUCUGGCCUGCACCCCCUCCACCCCCCCAGCUCAGCGUCCCUGCCCCCUUCCCCCAUCACCCCUCCUCUCCUGCCCUCCCCCGCCCUGCUCACCCCCUCCGACAGCGUCUCCAUGGUGACCUACUCUGCAGCCUUUCCGCAUGGUGGGGGAGGAGGGGGCGUGUUCAGCAUCGUGGACUCCGCCUCCCUCCUGCCCCCUGUCCCUGCCCUGGUCCCCGUGUCGUCGCCGGGGAAACACCCCAGAACUAAAUCUGGCAAGCCCCCGAAGGCAUGCGAUCCGGCCUCCCGGGGGCUGGGCGGGGCCGUGGGCGGGGCAGUGGGUGGGGCUGUAGGGGGAAAGAAGAGGAAGUCGCCGCUCUCCUGCGUCUCCUCCUAUGUGGGGUCCCACAAAGUGAACUGCCACAGUGCCAUGCCCGCCCCCGGCUCGAACCCGCCCGGUCCCACCUUCAGCAGCAACGGUACCUCCCCGCUCUGUGCCAAAACCGAACCCUCUGGGCGAGGCAUACCCCAGCCCCUCCCCGGAGACCACGCGCUCUUCGCCCACAGCCCCCUCCCCUUCGUCCGGGAGGACGGGAGGAAGCGCAAGAGCUCCGCCCCUAACGGCACACCCAGCAAGCUGGCCAGAGCGAGCGGGCUCAACAGCGUCUACAGGAAGAGCGGCGGCACCGAGUCCCCCCACCCUGCCCUCCCCCGACAGUCAAAGGUGCACCACUGAGGGUGUUGGUGCGACGGUGACCCCAGAUGCAGAUACGUCGUCUCGCGGUGACGCUGCUUUCGAUGUGGCCGCGCUCUGCGACCGUGUGCUUUGAGCGUCCUCUCGCACGUGCGCUGCGGCUUUUCGGAGUUCCUCCCCGGAGUCUGUGAUAGUGACGUCAGCCCUGCAGGGUCCCCGGUCUGAGGCCUGGUUUCUUGGGCAUGGCAGGCUGGGUGAUCUUAUGUUUCCGCUGUCGCUGUUCUUGCUACAGCCUGUGUCUCCAUGGGAAAACCUCCUGCACGCAGCAUCUGGGGAGAAACGGGCCCCCUGGACUUUAGAAGACUGAACAAACUGCUGGAAAAUCUCAUUGACAAAGGAAACGGCCUCUCUUUUUUCCUGUUAUUUACGUCAGCAUUUGAUGUGCAUGCAUUUCAUUCAUGUUUUUUUUUCUGACGUUCACUGAUGAUCUGACCCUGUCUUUGUUUUCUAUGGAAGUAUAUACUGGAGCUCACAUCUCGUUUCCUGAGAGGAACCAGGGCAAUUACUGUGUUUCUGUGGGGGGUUUGAAGGUGGACCUGCACACACACACACACACACUCAUACGCAACCCCCCUCCCCUCAGGCCUGAUGAUCGGACGCAGCAACGCCCCCCCACAGAUCAGUGUUAAAAGUGCACUUACUCUAAGGUCUCCUCUUACCUGGACUGGAAUGACCCUCAGAGCACAACCAGGAACUUUGAACCAAGGGAAUCUACUUAUCUGGUGCCGCAAGCUGGGAUUUUAAUUUAAAGAGAAGUUGUCAGGUUUUUCAAGGAUGUCUCCUUUGAAUAACGCCAGACAUAUAAAGUCAAGACUUGCACCCCAAAUGUACAAUUUUAUAGCGUCAGUUUUGUAUAAUUAUUUAAUACCUUUCUAACUGACCAGAAUAGUGCUACAGAUGUUA